AUGUUUCUUGCCAAGGGAAGCGGUGAGCGUCCACUGGAAAAGGGCACUGAAGCACAAUCCGGCCGUGCUAUACUCGGCGCCAUGGCGGAGGCUGAAUCGCGGCCCAGAGUGGGCGUUGGCGUGGUGUUUGUCCGGCAAGGACAGGUGUUCUUGGCCCGUCGUCGAGGCGCAUUGGGAGGGGGUUCCUGGGGUUCCGCCGGCGGCCAUCUGGAGUUUGGGGAGACGCUGGAGGACUGCGCGCGCCGCGAGGCAAUGGAGGAGUUAGGCGUGGAGGUGGGCGACUUGCGCUACCUCUGCGUGAGCAACAUCAUUGCUUACGGAAGGCACUAUCUGGAUGUGGAGUUUCUUGGCGAUAUAGGGGACCAGGAACCACGCUUGAUGGAACCGGACGUGUUUGAGGGCUGUGGCUGGUAUCCCCUAGUCUCGCCGCCGGAGCCGCUGUUCCAAGCGAUGGUAUUUGCCAUAGACAGCCUGCUGACGGGACGGCAGUAUUACACGGGCGGCUGA